AUGCCGAAGCGAACCAGGAGUCUGCGGAGUGAGAACAGCAACACUGAUCGCCUCGAGCCAAAGCUUUUGCGCGCGGUCGAGGCCAACGAUGUCGUUCAAGCAAAAAUCAUCAUCGAAGAGGCGCUGUCGACCAGACAGUUCAGCGAAUCCUUGCUUUCCAUCGGUCUCGUUCGAGCGUGCGAUAGAAACCUCUUAGACAUGGCCAAAUUCCUACUCUUUGCUGGAGCCAACCCUAAUCAGGGAUCGGGAAACAGACUGUCCAACUUGCGACGCGCUGCGGAAGCGGGAAACGUGGACAUGGCACGGGUCCUGAUCGAAUACAACGCUGAUCUCGAGGCUCGCGAUAAGAAAGGACGGACUGCGUUGAUGACCGCUGCCUGGAAAGGUCAUAUUAGCAUGGUUGAGGAGCUGCUUAUCAAAGGUGCCAAAGUCGGCGAGGUAGAUUACAAGCAACGCAAUGUGCUACACAAUAUCGCUGCUGGAGCACGAGAUGAGAGGACCCGUGGAGAACUUGGUUUGAACAUUGUCCGCCAUCUGCUCCAAGCAGGCGUAGAUGUAGAUGCCACGGAUGAACUUGGCCGGACCGCUCUCCACUGGGCGACUGUCACUGACAACAUUGAUCUCAUGAAGUUGUUACUGACCACUCGAUUCGGCGGUGCCUCUCCCAAAGCACGAACAAACGCAGUGGACAAACGCAUGAAGACGCCACUCCAUCUUGCUGCAUCUCAUGAUAGGCAUCGCCUGGCCGAGAUAUUGCUGCAAAAUGGUGCCGAUGUUCAUGCCAGAUCGGAUGGUGGAUGGACUGCACUGCACAACUCUUGCGUGCACGGUACAGACGACUUCGUUCAAUUCAUGCUAGACGCUGGUGCGAAUGUCAAUUGUGAGCUACUGAACGGGCGAACUCCUUUACACGUAGCUGCCGAACAUGGCAAUUUAGAAGCUGCAGCGUGUCUACUUCGGCAGCCGCAUACGAAAAGAUCCGUCAAGGAUCGAUUCGGCACCACUCCACUCCUGCUGGCUGCUCAACAUGGCAAGAAAACUAUUGCUGAAAUGCUGGCUCCGUGGAAUCGAACCAGUGAGUUGUCUCACGAUGAGAUAGAGGCCGCCAAACAGUUCUCCGCAACAAUUGUCGAUUUCGGCGACUACAAAAAUGACAACCGGGUACAAAGAAAGUCCGUCUAUGAGUUGCUAUACGCACGCGACGCGCGCGAUCCUAGCAAACACGCUAUAAGCACACUGCCGCAGAACACCAAAGCUACCAACUUCCGAUGGAUCCACCUUCCUGCAAACAACGUGUUGUGGGCAGAGUCUUUGUUAACGAAACGCUUUCUCGAGGAGGGAGCGGUUGAUGUCGAAGGCUUCAAGGCGCUAGAGACCUCGUUCAACCAUCAACACAGAGGUCAACUUCACCACUCGCGGUUCAUGAGGCCAAUGGUUCAGGUAGCACACCGAACGCCGGCCGAUCCUGAAGGGUGCAAGGCAGAGAAGAUGGUCCAUCCAACAGUGAUUGUGGAAGAACCUGCGCGGCUCGCCCUUGCGGAGUCCUCUCAAGCUGCGUCAACGCGAAUGUCGACCUCUCGAAAGCAGCAACGCCAAGCUGAGAGUGACAUACCAGCUGUCGCCGGUGCAGAGUCAGCAGAUGGUCUGAAACAGAAUGGACGAGAUCCAAAGAUCUCCCGGCAGGAGACCACGUCUACAACAGCGACUUCGGAUCCACGGGUCAGGAAUGCGAAAGACACACCAAAGCGUACCGACACAGCAUCAACUGCGGCUCUGUCAGAGAAAUCAAAUGCUUCGAAAUCUGGCAAGAAGCAGCACGUAGCAGCAUCAAAACCACGAAAGGCCUCGCGGGAUCUACAACGAAAGGGCAUUGACAAGGCAGCKGCAUCUACGUCGCAGAAAAGUGUGCAUAAUUCCUGCAACAUGUUCAUGUUCAUGCCAUAUCUACAUUUUGAGACAGAUUCUAGACGUAGAGCCAUGCAAGACGCGAUAGAAGACCCAGAUCGCUUGUUCCACCGUGUCAACGCCCAAGCUGACGAAGUGCUGAUUCGUGCACACCUUUCAAGAUCCAGCUCCUUCUUACAUGUGAGACGAACUUUGGAUCAGUAUUACUAUCACAACAUCGAAACACGUAGACGAGACUGCGAUCAAGUGGUCUAUCGAUUUCAGAAGAAGCAUCGCAGCGAAGUAGACGGAAUUGAUCCAAAGGUUUUCAUGGUGGAUCAGCUCUGGAUUUGGGUACUGGGAAAGGAUCUAGUCAUUACAAGCUUUCCACAACGUUGGCGACAGCCCCGAAACGACCCCCUCAACGUGCUGGAGGGAAUAAUUGAGGAUAUUAACAGCAAAACAAGAGAUCCGGUGCAGAAUGUUUACGAGCUUACCAUGACGAUUGCUGGCCGUUGUUUCGGGACCUUUGAUAGACACCGGAAGGGCGAUGAUGAUUACCAGUUCUUUGACAUGUUUGAGUCCUCGAUAGGCGCUGCGAUGGAUGGUGAGGCGACACUCUUCCAGGACUUCAGCCACGCUAGUCGACAGGCCUCGUCCUGGCUACAAAGUCAUCAAAGACUCGAAUCGAGGGCGCGCCAGCCUGAGUUCUUUGAUAAGCUCUUGGACGUUGGUGCAGAAACCGACUUACUGGCUGAGAUCAAAGACAUUCGAGACGAGCUUGACAUCAUCAAGAUGGUUCUUGAUCAUCAACGUCACCUUCUUCCCGAGCUGAGAGACGCCAUCCGUAACAUCUACAGAGAUGAGCGAUCUCACGCGGCACUUCGUAAGGUGGACAAAGGAUUCGACGAACAAGAAAAGAACAUUACCAACCCGUUGAAAGACUUGUCGAGAAUGGAUAGCCAAGCAGGAAGGAUUUAUGAGUCCAUCAGAGAUCUACUGGAUUUGAAACAGAAGCACGCAAACGCUUUCGAGGCACGAUAUGCUCGAGAACAGGCCACAGGUACGCAGCGACAAGGACAAACCAUUAUGGUAUUCACAAUCGUAACCGUCAUAUUCCUGCCUCUGUCUUUCGUAGCUGCGUUCUUCGCCAUCAACGUCAAAGAAUUCCCCCACCGUACAGACGGCAGUGGACAGCAAGAAAUGUCCCUUUCCUACGUAUCCGAAUGGAUCUUUGGAAUCGGACUGGCAAUCUCGAUACCCGCAAUCGCAGUUGCUUUGAGCAUUGAUGAGUGCAACGCUAUAGUAGACAGUCUCAAGAGACGCCUGCGCGAGAAGUACUGGCCGUCCAAGCAGCGGCAAGAAAAGCAAGAAGAAGAUCAUGAACUCCACACGUUUUCAAUGGAGCAUACUCUUAGUGUGGCGAAAAGUCUGCGGCGUAGUAUGGAUGUUGGCUGGGACGGCAAUUAUCGCAGACAGCCUCGGAAAAGUGCGGAUGUUUCUUGGGGAGGUGCGUAUAGUAGGAGACGGAUGUCUAAACCGGAGUGGGAUAUGGAAGGAAGACGCCAUGAUGCUCGGGGCUGA